UAUUACUUUGAGCAGGGGCGGACUGACCAUUUGGAAACUCGGGCAGUGCCCGAGGGCCCGGGGUCAGUAGGGGGCCCCAUGAGAUGCCCCUGGUACCUUUUUCAUAGGCUUUUUUGAGUUUGGGCAAGGACACAGGGGCCCCAUGAUCCCCUAUUGCCCGGGGGCCCCAUGAGUUGUCAGUUCACCCCUGACUUUGAGCUAGGGCUACGUAAGUGAUUCUAACCUCUAGCCGCAUGGAGAUUUAACCAGUUG